GUUGCGGGUUGUCGGGUUGUAAUUGACUGUAACUGCCGCCAGCCUCACUGUUGUUAUCUCACAUUGUGCCUGUUUGUGUGUCUUACUCAGUUGUACUCCAACAGCGAUUCUCAGUGUCGCUGUCGGUGUAAGUGGGAGAGUGGCUUCAGUCUACUCUUGAUUGGCUACUCAAUCCAGUUUUACUAAUUAUUUCCUAAAGGUCAGUAUCUGAGCUCGACAUGAGUACUCUGCAGACGUCCAAGCGACUUAGAUCUCCUCCCAUACUUGGAUCAGGAUUUCUGGGAAUGCAGACAACAAUAAAGUACACCAUAAUAGUGAUUGUUUCACUAUUGUCUACUGCGAUAAUAUUAUCCUUAGUAGAAGGUGUGCUAUGUGCUGAAGACAAUUCCGGAUCAAAUUCACAGGGGAAAGAUGGCCAAUUACAGAGAUUGUCAGAUUGUGAGAUUAUCAAGCAAUACCAAGGAUUGUCCAGUUUUGCCUUCAAUCCUCGCAGCGUCAGCAGGGAAGAUUCUGCGUGUCUCAGUCUCAAGAUGUUCAAGGAAAUGGGAUUCGUCCGCUUCUUCAGUAUCCCUGAAGAAACUCUCUUCAGGUUUAUUCUUCGUGCCCAGAGAGGUUACAGAGAUCUGCCUUAUCACAACUGGCACCACGCAUUUGCUGUCCUCCACUUCUCUUUCGCAGUUCUCACAAAUUGCCGGCUCAUCGAGAAACAACACUUUACGCCGUUGGAAGGACUGGCGCUGCUAACAGCUGCGUUGUGCCAUGACAUUGACCAUAGAGGCACCAACAAUCAGUUUCAACUGGAAACAAACAGCACUCUAGCCCAGAGAUACAGAGACCAGGGUUCCAUCAUGGAGAGGCAUCACAUCGCUAUUACUUUUAGUCUGCUUGAAAACUCGGACACUAAUUUCUUAGCUCACUUUGAUGGACAUAAACUUAACCACUUCAAACAUCUCAUCAGACAGAUUAUUCUUGCUACAGACCUAGCAGUCCACUUCAAGCUGCUACCAGAAGAGAAGCAGAUGGCUGAGGCAGGCUUUGACAGGUUUAACAGUAGACAUAAGGAGUUGCUGCGGUCUGUCAUUAUCUCCUGUGCGGAUCUCAGCGACCAGUCCAAGGAUUGGGCAACUGUGCGAGCUGUUGCUAAACUGGUGUACACAGAAUUUUUCGCCCAAGGGGACCAGGAGAAGCGGCUGGGCCAGAAGCCCAUUACCAUGAUGGACCGCAGUCAAGCAAAGUUGCCACAACUACAAGUGGAUUUCUUAUCUCAUGUUGUAAUACCUGAUUUUCUGGUGCUUCUGUCAAUUUAUCCGGAAACUCAAGGGUGCAUGGACAAUAUGCAGCAAAAUCUUGUAAAAUGGAAGAAAGCAACUCCAUACUUUGAAUCACAAACACUCCUCGGUAGAGAUCAGUUGGACAUCCUCUCAGAUAAGGAGCUCAACAAUAUCUCCCUCUGGCCUCAAAUGUGAUGAGUCUACAUUUGAUCCUCACUAAUUUUAGGACGAACUGCUGCUAUGUACGUUAUUUUAACGCCAAUGGAUGACUUUGCAACACCACUGUUAAGUAAUUUUCAAUUGUGAGUAGAUGUUUUUAUAUAAAUUAUACAAAUAUGUUCUUUGAAGUUAUACUGUAAUUUCAAUUAUGGACACCUAAAAUUCGAACUCUAGAAGAUAAUGUUAAACAUUUCUGUAAAGCAUUCUUAAUAUAAAACUAACAUUUUUAUUCUACACCAUUAUUAAUUCAAUUCGUUAUUUAAUUUAAUGUUAUUUCAGAAGGUAUAUUGAAGUAAGUUCUUGCAAAGUAUGUUAAGUAAAACUUAAAUGUCCUGACUUUAAUACUAUUUUCAUAAAAACUUGUUACUAUUUAAUACAAUGUUAUAUUAGCAAGCAAAAUUGAACAAUUCAUAUAAAGUACUUUAUAAAAUAGUUCACUUUAAAUAAAAUACCUCACUGUAUCUUAAAAAAAUAACUUUUUUUAUUGAAUGUGAUGUUAUUAUCAGACGAGUAAAUUAGUUGCUUUCUGUAAUGUAUACUUUCUUAAAAUAAAACAUUUUGACUAUGAUAA